AUGAACUGCGCGGUAGUUGUGGAACCAGCGUUAUUAAUUCUGGACCUACCAUUUAUAAAAAAGAUAGCGAGUAACCUGAAUCCAUUUGGCAGCAAAAAUCUUCGCAUGCACUUCUACCUCUUUAAGAGGGAGUUCCCAGAGUGUGGAAGGGAGGUGAAUUUCUCAAUCGAGCGGAAGUGGAAGCACUGUGGCUUUAAUGCUUCUCUGCCCACAAGGUUGAUGAUACAUGGUUGGAUGAGCCAGUCGCGUGGCUCAUUCAAUCGGGAUGUGAAAAAUGCAUACCUGAAAAAAGGGGAGUACAAUGUGAUCGUUGCCGAUUGGAGUUCAAGUUCAGCUAAUAUUAACUACUUUUCGGUGUUAAAGCUUAUAGAGACCUUUGGGGCUCAGUUGGCCCAAUUUAUAAGGGACCUUAAUCGUCGGUUUGGAGCUGACUUUGACAACAUGUAUCUUGUUGGUCAUUCCUUGGGAGCGCAGAUCGCUGGUUCUGCCGGGAAACGUUUGAAACCGAAUCAGGUAAAUACCAUAUUUGCUUUGGAUCCCGCAGGUCCAAAGUUUCGUCAUCGCGGAACCGAAUUUCGGAUAGAUCCCAGCGAUGCAAAGUUUGUGGAGUCUAUGCAUACGAGUGCUAACUUUGGAUUUCGCCGGCCUACAGGCAAUGCCACCUUUUAUCCAAACUAUGGAGCCUUUCAGCUUAGUUGCUACUACCUAGGCUGCUCCCAUAUUCGAUCAUAUCAGAUGUUCGCCGAGUCUAUUAAUUCGGCUUUGGGAUUCUGGGGGACGCCUUGCAUCCGAGAUAAUAGUAGGUGGCAGUGCGACCAGAGCCAGCGACAGUCCAUCCAGAUGGGAGGUGAGCCUUCGAUUCAUAAAGAAGGAAUCUACUACGUGAAGACCUCCGCCAGUGAUCCAUUCGCCCUUGGAAAGCAGUAAGGCGCAUAUUUAAAUCAUAGAUAUAACAUUUUUAAACUCGCUAGUCGUUUAGUAAAAGAUAUAAAAGAUAUAUUGUAAAAGAUAUAACAUUUUAUGAAUAUCUACAUAUGGUUAUCCAAGCCUGAAACUUUGAUCAAAAUUAUUUCGUAAUAAUUUUUUA